AUGAGUAUUGGAAAUAAGACAUGGUUCAUCACUGGUUGCUCAAGUGGAUUUGGAGAGGAGCUCGUCCGACAGCUACGCGCGCUGGGUGAUAACGUUGUUGCAACAGGUCGCAAUGCAGACAUGAAGCUCGCACACCUUAAAGAUACCGGUGCUACAAUCAUUGAUCUAGAUGUUACAGCACCUCAGGUUGAGCUAGAUGCCAAAUUCCAGCAGGCAAUCGAUAUCUACGGUACUGUCGAUGUGCUUGUCAACAAUGCGGGCUACAUCCAGGUUGGAGCCCUUGAGGAGCUGACACAGGAGGAUAUGCAGCGAUCUCUAAACACCAACUUCCAUGGUCCUAUUAACCUUACACGAUCCGCGUUGCCACACUUCCGCAGUAAGGGCGAGAAUGGCGGUGGCCUCAUUAUCUAUAUGAGCUCACAGGGAGGAUUUAUUGGCGAGCCUGCGGGUGCGGGAUACUGCGCUAGCAAGUUUGCGCUCGAAGGCGCCGUGGAGAGUCUAUCGAGGGAACUUGGGUGGUUGGCACCGGGCGUUAAGCUUCUCAUCCUUCAGCCAGGUCACUUCCGCACCGAGGUCAUGAGUAAACUCGAUCAUGUCCCAUACCGGGUGGACUUCUGGAAGCCACUCAACGAUUCAGCCCGUACGCGUGGCGCUGGAAACUAUGGAACCGAGCUUGGAGACCCCACCAAGAUGAUUGCUAAAGUGAUUGAGAUCGCCAAAGGUACAGGCGUCGCGGAGGGUAAAGAGAUUCCAUUACGCAUCCCUUUUGGCAGUGACUGUGUGGGUUUUAUCAAUGGGAAGCUGGAAACCCUCAAUAAAACUAUGAAGGACUGGGAUGAGGUGGCACGGAGUACAGACUUCCCGGAACAUAAGGGUCCAAUGCCUGCUCUCCCAGAAUAG